CGUCGCGCGCGCGCGCGGCUGAGUCCACCUUCGCGUCGGCGUAUCCAGAGGAGGAAUCGACCCGUCGAUCCACGACCAUGGCGGGAGAUCCGGACCCGUUCGACAUGCUCAAACCCAUCAAGCCCAAGUCCGCGGUGCCCAAGCCGAACGGGGCGAGCGGCGAGGGAAAGGCGGAGACGCUGGAGGAAUUCGCAUCGGGCGGGGGCGGCAACGUCGCUGAGGAGGAGGAGGAGAAGAAGACCGAGGAGCUGCUCGAACGGAUCAACGAGAUUGUCGGUAGUAACCUAAACAAGUUCGCCGGCGAGAUCAUGACCGCGCUCGCGGGCGUCGGGUCCAAGCUGGAGGCGAUGCAGGAGCGCCUGGAAAGGAACGAGGCGGGCGUCGAGACGAUGGCGGAGCACCUCAAAUCAGCCGUCGAGUCGCUGAGGAUGGCGGAGGCCGCCGCCGCCGCCGCCGCGACGACGACGACGACGACGACGCUCGCGACGCCCGCGCCCGUCGCACCCGACCCCCCCGUCGCGGCAUCCCCCGUGCCCUCAUCGGCGCCGUCGCCGCCCCCCGCGGUCGCGGCGCCCGCCGCCGCCCCGGCUCCGGCGGAGCAGCCCGCCGCGCCCGUCGCCCCCGUCGCGCACCAGUGGCACGCGUCCGCGCCCCCCGCGUCGGCUCCACCCGCGACGGACCCCGGCGCGAGCUCCCCGUACGCGCCGCCCCAACCACUCCAACCGGGACACCCGCCGCCCGGGCCCCACCACGCGUCCCCGCCGCCGCCGCAUCAACUCCACCCGGGCCAACCCCCCGGGCAUCGACCGCCGCCGGCCGGGCCGCCGCCGCCGGGUCCCCACGGUUACCACCCCCACCAUCCACCGCCGCCGCCGCCGCCUUCUGCCUACCCGCCCGCGCCGCCGCCGCCGCCCGGUGGAUACGGGGGAUACCCCCCCGCCGCCGCGCAGGGGUACCCCCCGCCGCCGAUGCGGAGCCCGACGCAGCUGGCGGGACCCGCGCAGCUCGUCAACCAAAGCGUCAAGGUGAACGUCGAGCGGUUCAUCGACGAUUUCGCCAGCAUGGGGUUCACCAGGGACCAGGUGCGGGGGGUGAUUCGGGAGCUCAGCGACAGCGGGCAGACGGUGGACACCAACGUGGUGCUCGACAGGCUCAUGAACAGCAGGCGGUGAUCGUCACGGGGGGUCACCGAAACGAUGCGCGUGAACCUCGACACAAACGACGUGUAACAAAAAAUAUUCAACCCUCGCCACCUC